UGGGAAGUGAAAUUUGACAAAGAGCUCACAGAAGAAGCCCCCUUUUACCCUCAUCAUGCAGAUGAGGAAUGCCACAGCGUGCAGCUGAUGCACAGGAAGGGUGUCUACAAUGCAGGGACAAUUGACCUAUGCAAUGUUCAAGUCCAAGUUCUUGAGAUCCCCUACAAGAACAAUGAACUGAGCUUUGUUGUACUGCUGCCAGUAGACUGCAACGCAGAAGCUCUUGAACAGCUGGAAGAUGGACUUAGCCACGAGCAUCUGCUUGACCUGUCCUGUCAUCUAAAGGCCAUUGAGGUGGAUGUGGCCAUUCCCAAGUUCAGCUCAGAGAAGAGCAUUGAAGCCAACGAAUACCUGAAUCUGCCCAAUCUGACUGACCACGAAAAGGCCGAUUUCUCUGGAGCAACCGCAACAGAAGGUGUGGCUCUGACUCAGCUGGUCCAUGAUGCUGCUAUUGAGAUUGAUGAAGAGGGUGGUGAAGAACCAGAGGCAGUCCCUUGCACCAAGGAUAGGCGUCCACGUCGGGAACCUGUGGAGUUUCUGGCUGACCAUCCUUUCCUCUAUUUCAUCCGGCACAAUUGCACCCAGAGCAUCAUUGUUUUCGGUAGAUUUGCAAAGCCAGAAUAAAAGAAGAGUUCUGAUGCAUGAAACAAGAUCAAUGGAAAACGGAUAUGGAUGAUGUUUUAUAGG